AUGACCUAAUUGUCCUUAAUCACAAUUAUAAUGAGUUCAUGUACCCCUUCGUACACGAAAUGCUAUUCAUUACCAUCGCUUCUGCUGGCAUGGAUCCCAGACAGAGUGCUACUCUGGGAAAUGUACUUAGCCCAGCCUAUGUGCCCACUUUGUUUUAUGAAGCUAACUGUGAACACGUUUUUGGACGAUUUGCCAAUACAGUUACUAGCAUAGCAAAACCUUUUUACUGGAGAAACUGGGAGGUUAUACCAGCAGUUCAAAAAGAGAUCAACGUGCACUUCCCGGACCUUCCUCCUCUUCUGGAACUAGAGAGGAAUCAAAGUCUCGUCCUGAUGAACUCCCAUUUUUCGACUGAUUUGACUGUUCCCCUUUUGCCUUUCCAAGUGGAAGUAGGUGGUAUGCACUGUCGACCAGCCAAACCAUUACCAGAAGACCUAAGAUCAUGGAUUGAAGGUGCAGGAUCAGCAGGUGUCAUAUACUUCAGCCUCGGUUCAAUUACGAAAGGGACUACAUUGCCUACCAAGUACAGGAAUAUGUUCAUCAAAGCUUUUUCCAAAUUGAACAAAAGAAUUCUUUGGAAAUUCGAAACCGAUUUAGAAGGAAUUUCCGAAAAUAUCAUGAUUAAACCUUGGCUCCCACAACAAGAUAUUUUGGGUCACCCUAAUGUGAAAGUAUUCAUAAGCCAUGGAGGAAGACUCAGUAUGCAAGAGAGCUUGUACCAUGGGACUCCUAUGGUGACACUACCCCUAUUUGGAGAUCAGCCUAUAAAUGGAGCUAGAGUUAUUGCAAAUGGAUGGGGUCUGUCUCUUAAUUAUGAAGAUUUGUCUGUAGAACUCAUUAUCAGUUCACUUGAAGAAGUUACGAACAACGCAACAUACGUAGAAAAUGUGGUGAAAACUUCAAGGUUAUACAAGGACCAGUUAACUUCUCCAGUAGAACGAGCAGUGUUCUGGACGGAGUACGUCAUACGUCACAGAGGAGCCCUUAAGUUGAGGUCCCCUGCUGCGAGUCUGUCAUGGGUGCAACUUCUCCUGCUGGAUGUGUUGACUUUGUUCCUUUUGGUUAUCAUUUUGUCUUUGAUUAUUCUCCACUGGAUUUUCAAGACAGUUGUGAGUGCAGUAUUUGGUAUACAGUAUUUGAAGAAAAAGUUUGAAUAACAUUUCAUCAAAAACAGUUUAUGUUUGUCUAUAAUUGUAGGCAAUAAACACAAUUUAUAAAA